AUGGAGAAAGCGAAAGAAGUUCAACAGGAACAGAAGACACUGAAGCUUUUCACUCUCACGAAUAAUAGAGUGUUGAAAAGAUUCAGCAGUAUGUGGCAAUUUAUGGCUCUGGAUGAUACUGCUACGUUUGAGAUGUUAGCGAUGGAUAAUAAAUUAAGAAAUAUGAUACAUUUGGAUCUGUUUUUGGAGCUUAAGGAGUUGUAUAAGAGUGUUGGUAAACCUUGGAAAAGAGGUUAUUUGUUGUAUGGUCCACCAAGGUGUGGUAAAUCAAGCUUGAUUAUUAUUGUGGCUAGUUACAUCGCUUUCGAUGUUCAUGAUUUGGAAUUAGGUGAUGUUCUGCAAAAUACUGAGCUUAGGAGUUUGUUGAUGCCAACACGAAAUCGUUCUAUAUUUGUUGUGGAGGAUAUUGAUUAUACUCUUGAGCUUCAUAACCGUCUUGCAUUUACAGUCCCUCCUUGCCUUGCUGAUAAGCUGCCGGUGACUUUAUGA